GGAGGAGGUCUGAUCUGGAGAGUGAAAACAGCUUGCUACUUGGAGAGCCAUCCACAAAAGAACAAACCUCUAAGGACAGUUCCCUGCACUGUGCCCCACAAGAGAUACUGUGGAGCCAAGAUGAUUGCCUCAGGAAGCACCACUACGUGAGACAGUAUCUUAGCCUGCAAAGAGACGCUAUCUUUUGCUGCUUCGGGAUCCCAGCAAGAAAUGGGAGUCUGAUGGAUUGUAAAUGCACCUGCUUGGUUUAAAGCCCAGCCAAACAGAUAAGUGCCCUUUUAAUUAUCUCAGAACAGUGUUUUAGGCACAGCUGUGCACAGCAUCUCUCUUCAGUUUCGAUUCGGUGAGCCUCUGUAUUUCACCCCUGCAAAUGAAUGCUGUGUGGUUCUCAUUUUGGCUGAGAAAUACCAGAUGAUAUUGGUAUUUCACGUUACGAUAAUUAAUUGGUGUCUGAGAGAACUGCAGCUGAGGGGUUGGGAAGCUCCUCCAGAACCACUGUCUCCAGCAGCCCUGUGAGGUUUUGGGACUCUGAGGAGCAGUUCUGUGGGACCAGACAACACUGAUGUGACCCAUCUGAGCCUAAAGGGUCCUCCGGGACUCAUUAGAGGUUUAAUAACUGAACUUGGCUGGUUUGAUCGAGAAGAUGCGUGUGCAGGCUUGGCAUGAUCUCAGAGAAACCAGCUCAUGCUGCUGGCAGGAGAGAGGGCUUUCUGCAUGUGCUAGGCAUAUGUGUGCAGAGAAAGUGAUAACCCCCACUUCCUCCUGCCGGUUUCCAGGUGGGAAAAUAGCUGGGGAUGGGGGAGAAAAGCCCUUGGUUACACUGAGUUUACACAGGGCAUGCAAAUAAGUAUUGUGGGCGACUGGUAACAAGAAUUGUCCCCCUCAGAGUUAUGGGGACAUUUAUAUCUCUAAGUGGAAAAUACAGAAUAUCAAGAAAGCAAUUUCUGACUGCUUAAAUCGGCUUCUAUAGGUGACCACUGUCUCCUCACAGACACACCACUGCAAUUAUUAAAUAAUUCAAGAAAUCCAUAAAAUAGAGUCUCAUGUACAGUGUAACUUUGUUGUAGUAUACAGACAUGUAGCUGGGGCAUAUAUAUAUAUAUAUGUAUAUAUAAUUUAUAUAUAUUUGCAAUUUACUGCAUUAGAAUAAUGAAAAAAAAGCACUGCAGCUGAGCAUUGGUGGGGAUGUGUGCAGAUUAUCUAUUCCAGACUCGCCUUGCCUGCUCUACCAGGGAUAAUUAGCAGUGUAAAGUAUCUACCUUGCUGUUACAAAAACUACAGACAGGUUUGCUGCAGCAAAUUGGACUGUAGUAACUGAUCUGAAUUCGCCUUACCUACCUAGAGCAAAAGGUGAGUUUCUUGGUGAAGGUGCCAGCCUAGGACUGAGAGAGAUGGGAGAGACAAGGCAGGGAGAUGGGAGGUUGCUGCACUGGGAGAGAACUAGAUCUGGGUCAACUCAUGUGAUCCCUGAAGUGUCUGAAGUUCCCUCUUUUCUAGGAAAAACUUCACUGCUUCUAUUACCAAGAAAGUUUUUAUAUUAACAGAAGAAAUGACACAUCUGAUAGUAAUGGCUAUGCUCUGCUUUACAAUUGUGGACAGUGCUUACUUCUGACUCUUCAAUACUUUGAUAGCAAAAAGGCUUGACACCAUAUUAAGAAACACUGAUAAAAUGAAACUCUAGUGAGAAAAAACAAGGCUUGUUUAUUUAGGAAGGGUGGAUAGAAAGCAAAAAAGGUUAAAUCAUCUGUGCACACCAACUAAUACAGCUUAAUGUUUUUUAAACUCAGAGAUCCUCAAGGUCUUGAUUGUUAGGUUUGCAACUUUAAAUCUGUUUUCUGCUGGCCAGCUGAAAGCAAUGUGCCCCCAAAUUAGGUCCCUUUAAAUUAACCUUAACCUGGCCAGUUUCAGUUUGGGCAUCAAAGUCAAAUUUGGAAAUCAUACCCUGAAAUGUGGCACGCAACAUGUAAUGCUCUGUGCUGCUUGACAGAAGAGAAAGAAAACACUAAGUGCCUCUUGGGAGCUGUGCUGAUGUGAGAGAUGAUACCACUUGCGUUCUAUGCACUUGUGUUUGUUUGAUGCAUCCUGCAGUUGCGGAGAACAGAUUCAACGGAUCUUGACAGGUUUCUGAAAAAAAAUCUUGUCCAGAAAAGAAGAUCCUCGAAUCCCUGACUCUUUGUCUUACAGGUGAGCCUUGAGGACACUUGAGAGACUGUAGCUCCUGAAUUCAUGACCUUCCCCUGCAAUUAGAAGAAAACCAUGGGGAAAGACAAGAAUGAAGAGGCCAUUUUUCUGAGGAAAAAGAUAACUUUGCUGAGGGCUUUCUCUCUCCUCAUCGGCAGCAUGGUUGGCAGCGGCAUCUUUAUCUCCCCAAAAGGAGUACUGAAAAACUCUGGCACUGUGGGUUUCUCCCUGGUUGUCUGGUUCGCCUGUGGGGUCCUCUCAAUGUUUGGUGCCUUGUGUUAUGCAGAGCUUGGAACAAGAAUCACCAAGUCUGGAGGGCAUUACAUCUACAUUUUGGAGACACUAGGGCCUCUGCCAAGCUUCUUAUUCCUGUGGGCAGAGUUUUUUGCUAUCAGGCCUGCCAACAGUGCUGUGGUUUCCUUGGCAUUUGGACGGUACAUGCUGGAGCCAUUCUUUGCCCCCUGCGCAGCCCCUGUCCCUGCAGUGAAGCUCGUGUCUCUCCUGGGGUACUACAUGGUCCUCACCCUCAAUUCCUGGAGUGUCACCUGGAGCGCCCGGCUGCAGACAGCUCUCUCCGUUGUUAAACUCCUGGCUCUUGCACUCAUCAUCGUGCCAGGGAUGAUGCUGCUGGCUCAGGGCCACACUGAAAACUUCCAGGAUGCUUUUGACAGAGAGUCACUGGUUUUGGAUAAGCUCCCCCUUGCUUUUUACGCAGGCAUGUUCGCAUAUUCAGGCUGGUUUCAGGCCAGCUUUGUGCGCGAAGAGUUGGUCAGACCUGAACGAAAUAUUCCCCUGGCUGUCAUCAUCUCCGUGAUCACGGUAAUUGUGGGGUACAUGCUCACCAAUGUCUCCUAUUACACAGUCCUGGGAACACAAGAUGUUCUGGCUUCUCCUGCUGUGGCUGUGAGCUUUGUGCAGCGAGCCUUCAAAAGCCUGAUCUCUGUGGUCCCUGUCCUUGUCGCACUGUCCUGCUUUGGAACCAUGAAUGGAGGAAUCUUCACAUUUUCAAGGACUCUGUUUGUGGCUUCCAGGGAAGGACAGUGGCCUCCUCUCUUCUCCAUGAUCCACAUUCGAAAGCAUACACCCCUCCCUGCUGUCAUGUUAAUGUUCCCUUUGGUCACUGCCAUGGUGUGUGUUGGAGAUAUCUACCAUCUACUGAACUUCUUCAGCUUUUCCCGAUGGCUCUUCAUAGGAUUAGCCACCCUUGGGCUCAUUGUCCAUCGCCACCGUCACCCGGAGCUGCACAGCCCAUUCAAGGUUCCCCUGUUUGUUCCUGUCUCUUUUACCAUCAUCUGCCUCUUCACAGUGACAAUGUCUUUCUACUCAGACCCUGUGAGCAUUAGCAUCGGAUGCACCACGGUUUUAAGUGGUUUUCCAGUCUACUAUGUCCUAAUUCAUAGGCAGAUGUCAGACCGUUGCCGUAACCUGUUUUAUUAUCUUACACACAAACUACAGUUACUUCUGGAAGUUGUCCAACAAGAAAUCAAGACUUAUUGAGAAAACUGUCAGAACUCACAGGAGACAAUAAAAUCUACUUAUUCCAUUUCUGACACCUCUGAUCCUUCCAAAAGCAGGCCAUGCUUUUAUUCUUUUAGUCGCUGCAAAUGAGGAUGAACCUGAGCCAAAACCUUGCUGCAAGUGUUCCUAAGCUUGCCAGUGGAGAUUGGGAUGCACGUGUCACAUCUGCUUCUGUCCUUUUCUUUUUUCAGAAGAAAAAACUAGCUCUCUGAAAUGAGCUUGCUUUGCCUACAGAGUGUCUUUGAAACCAAGAUCCUAAUUUUGCAGCCUAGCCCGGUCCUGAGUAAAAUUGUAUGUGGAUACACACACAAUAUUUUAUUUUCCUAACUUGGCAAAUAGACAAAGGAAGCGUGUUGCAGUUCUUAGAGUCCGAUACAUGGAAGCCAAAUGCAAGUUUCAAACUGAAGUGCUACAGUGCUGUGGACAAGCUUUAUGAAGGGAAAGAGAUGGGGAGAGCAAAUUAGA